AUGUCCCCACCUUCCCUCUUUCGUGACCCAUGGGCCAAGCGUGACGCCUGGCGAAAGCAUCCGGUCUUCUCCAAUCGUGCAAUGUUCGCCAACUUCUUCCCCGGCUUCGGCAUUGCCCUCGUCGCCUUCACCGCCUAUGUGAUCGCAGAUAACGUGUAUAGCGGCGUCAAGCCACAGGAGGGGACACAUCAUUAA